AAAAAAAAAAAAAAACAAAGGAAAAUGAAAUUAAUUUGGAACUCAACAGUCAAUAGUAAGUAAGUGCAAAAAAAAAAAAAAAAAGAAAGAAAGAAAGAAAGAAAAAGUCAAUAAAAUAAAAUAAGUAAAAUAAAAGCAACCCUAGUCAAGACUCAAGAAUCAAAGAUAAUUCUUUCAUUGGUAGCCUGCUUUUGGACUUCAUCUCUCUCUCAAAGCGAAUCUCCGAUGGCUUCCUCCACUAUGAAUCGAUGGCUGAGGCCUGAGGUUUAUCCGCUCUUCGCAGCCAUGGGGGUUGCUGUGGGGAUCUGCGGAUUCCAGUUGGUUCGCAACAUCUGCAUCAACCCUGAUGUCAGGGUGAGCAAAGAAAACAGAGCUGCAGGAGUAUUGGAGAACUUCACCGAGGGACAAAAGUAUUCUGAGCAUUUUCUAAGGAAAUAUGUUCGCAACAAGUCCCCAGAGAUCAUGCCAUCCAUCAACAGCUUCUUCUCAGAUCCAGAGAAAAAUUAAAAUCUUUUCUUUCUGCAUAUUAAGAUACAAACUUCUAUUGUGAUUUUUCUACUCUAGCUGUGUUUGUGACUGACUCUCGGUUGGAAUGGUUUUGAGGACCUUCCACCUUUGUGUCUCUUGCUCAUCUUGCUCGCGUAUUUGCAGGAUCAACCUCAACAGCAGGAACCGUCCAGGGAUGUAGUUGAAUUGACUCAAAAAUAAGCAUCGAGUGGAUAAUGAAUCUAGUCUUAUUAUGCGAUGAAACAAUAAAUCUUUUUCCACAAAAUAGUAGUGAUACUCUCAUUCCAGACCACUUUUUAAUUGCUUCAACAAAGACAAAUGGUGAAAUGUAUCUCCUCUUUUGGAGAAGCAGUUUGGAGAGUUGGUAGGAAUAGGGCAUCAAUUUCCUUUUCAGAGCUUCAGACAGUUUAUGGAUGAUGUUUUUCCAAAUUUUUUUACAUACUAUCACUUUUAUCAUAUGAUAAAAGUUAUUUCUAUUUAUUAAAUACAAAAGUUUGCUGGCAUUAAAUUAUCAUUUUUGCCAUAUAACAAAA